UGGAUAUUAAGGUUGAGGUUAAAAUUGAUCCAGAAGAGGAGACGGAUUUGGGGCCAGAGAGGUGUCCCCGUCCUCUGUAUUCCCAGGACUGUCCAGAGGGAAAUGUCCCAGAGAAGCAUCAGAAAAUCCCUGUAAGAAUUCUGAGGGAAACUUAUUAUUCUUGAAUGAUAAAGGAGAAUAUGAAGAUAUGAUGGAGCGCUCCUCAGGAGAAGACCUCCUUACCCCUAAUGUCCAUCCAGAUCUAUCCUAUAAUAAUCCACCUGAUCAUGAGGAACCUUCUCCUGACCAACCACACAUUGUUACCACAAGGACAGAGCAGAAACAUGGGAAAGGUUUCACAAACCUUGUCAUACAUGAAAGAAUUCACACAGCGGAGAAGCCAUAUUCAUGUUCAGAAUGUGGUAAAUGUUUUAAACAGAAAUCAAACCUUGUUGUACAUGAAAGAAUUCACACAGGAGAGAAGUCGUAUUUAUGUUCUGAAUGUGGUAAAUGUUUUAUAACUAAAUCAGAGCUUGUUCUACAUGAGAGAAGUCACGCAGGAGAGAAGCCGUAUUCAUGUUCAGAAUGUGGAAAACGUUUUACAAGUAAAGUAUUUCUUGUUACGCAUGAGAGAAGUCACGCAGGAGAGAAGCCAUAUUCAUGUUCAGAAUGUGGAAAACGUUUUACAAGUAAAGUAAUUCUUGUUAGGCAUGAAAGAAGUCACACAGAAACAAAGCCAUAUUUAUGUUCUGAAUGUGGGAAAUGUUGUAAAAGUAAAGGAAAUCUUGGUAUACAUGAAAGAACGCACAAAGAAAAAAAGCAAUAUUCAUGUUCAGAUUGUGGGAAAUGUUUCAAAAGUCAAAUACAUCUUUCAAAUCAUGAGAGAGUUCACACAGGAGAGAAGCCAUAUUCAUGUUCAGAAUGUGGGAAAAACUUUUCACAAAAAUCAACCCUUGUUGUACAUGAGAGAAUGCACACAAUAGAGAAGCCAUAUUCGUGUUCUGAAUGUGGGAAACGUUUUGAAACUAAAUUCCAAUUUUCAGCACAUAAGAGAAUUCACACGGGAGACUGAUAGGCAAAUUAAAUAAUCAUAAAUAUAUAAUAAUAUGAAGAAUGGAAAUAUGAGAUCUCAGGUAACUGUAAAGUGUGAUGUUUCUAGGUUCUGUUGUGAGAAUUAAAGAGUACCUGUCAUCGAAAAACCUUUGAUAUUUUGUAUAUUACUGUAUUCCAAACAACUUUCUAAUUUCAUGU